AUGGGUAACAGGAAGACAAAACUGAAGACAGAAGAAUUGUCCGAGUUGAUGGAAUGUACGCAUUUUACGCAAGGAGAAAUCGAGGAAUGGUACAAAGGUUUCAUGAAGAGUUGUCCUAAUGGGCUGGUAUCCUCCGCAGAUUUUCAAGACAUGUAUUCAGAUUUUUUUGAAGGGGAUGCGUCCGAGUUUGCCAGUCACGUUUUCCGCACAUUUGACUCCGACAAAAGUGGGUUCAUUGAUUUUAAAGAGUUCAUGUACUCGCUUUCAAUAACAUCAAGAGGAAAUCUUGAAGAGAAAUUGGAGUGGGCCUUCAAGAUCUACGAUGUGGAUGGUGAUGGGUACGUAACGAAGCGCGAAAUGGAAGACAUCAUCAGAUCUGUGUAUAAAAUGUACGCAGACAGUCGACUGGGAAGAAAGGAAACGCCAGAACAACGUACAGCGAGGAUCUUUGAAAAGUUUGACUUGAACAAGGAUGGAAAGCUUACCAUAGAAGAGUUCAAGACCGGAGCGAGAAGCGAUCCUUUUCUAGUUUUGAUGAUGCAGUACAAAUCAUUACACGGUCGGAAGGAGUCAGAUCCGUCUAUGUCUUUGGAACAAACGUAUUCGUGAUGAUCGGCCGACGACUAGCGUUUUUUUUUUUUAUUUUUAUUUUUAUUUAUUCAAUGAGAUGGAAAGGUUAACUAACAUGCUGGUUGAUUUGCAUCAAUUUUGCUUGCCUCGCAUAAUCAAUUAUUAUGACUUAUUGGAUAUUUAUGACAACUCUUUAAGAAAUAAAAGACGCUCUUUAGGUAGGGUAUCAUAAAGCCCGUGCUUUUGAAAGAAACAGAAGUGUCUGCAGACUGAAGCUUGAGCAUGAUUCCAAUGAAAGCUUGGUUCAAAUUAGACGAAGAAAGUCCCCACGUUGAAUCUUGCCGAAGCUGAUAACUGAGAGGUAUCACUCCGAGUUUUCAGCGAUAAUUUAUUAAAAAAAAAGUACACAAAUAAAUAAACGGAAGUGCUUCUGCUUUUUUAACAAAUUGUAUUAAUUUGGUAAUUCUAAGGGUUCUACCAGGCGAACCUAGGAGAGUGCACCACUCAGACUUUUUAAAUGAUGUGGCAGAGUAAGGUGUGUGAUAGGUGUUUUUCAUAGGAAGUCAUCAACAUCAUAUUUAUAUUUUGUUGAACUCAUCACUAAGCGCGAUACUUUUACUGCCUAUUGGAACUUCAAAGGCGUGAAGUGAAGGUUUUUUUCGCCCCAUUAUUGGUUCGUUUUGUCGAGAUCCAAAAAUGAUUGCAUGUGCCAAAGGGCAAGCUAUAUGUCACGACGAAAAACAACACUAAAUUCAUAAUAAAUGGUUAUGACUGAAUACUUACUAUAAAACAUCGUGUUAUAACUGUUACUUGGAUAACUUUUAUCGGUUACGGGAACGAUUCCCGUGGAAGAGACAUUUCUUUGCCUUUUAGGACGACUCUCAUACGUUUAAAAGUAGGCAGGGCUCAUAACUGGCUCCGUUUGGGGACCGAGAAAAUACAAGAGUACUUUUGUGAGAUUUUUUUUCCCGUGCCAUUUAUCCGCAGUUAUGUGCAAAGGGUAUCGUGAAAGAAUGAGCCAAGAAGUUUUUAUCAGUAAAAAAGCAGGGAAAGCCUUCUUUGAAAGGAUAAUGGACUGAUGUGUACUCAUAGAGUUUUAGUACUUCGUACUUCUAAGAUGAAAAAUUUCUCCUGAGGAUCAAUUUAAUGAUAGAGAGCAAAUGCUGUGUCUUCUCUACUUAAUGUCCAUGAGUGUCACACCUUGCUUCAAAAUGACGAGACCGGAAAUGAAAAUCAGAUAUCACGCACAAAUUGACGCCAGGAAAUAAGUGCGCGCGGUCGAAUAAAUACGUCACAAAGGCAGCAUCCCUGUUACUUUGCAACAUUUCAAAACAAGCUUCAACAAAGGUCGCUGCAGUUUACGAGGUUAGGAUAGUCUAUUUUCAGUGUCGAAGAAAACAUGCCGUGCCUAAGGGAAGAAGAUAAGGUUGACCCACUCGAAGCACAGCUGGAAGCGCAAAUGGAAUUGUCCCAUCUGCAACGACAGUAUCGUUGUUUGCGCAACGAUAGAAGAAUGUACACUGAUGAGACUGAAAAUACCUUGCGCAAGCAGAAAAUAACUAUUGAAGCACUAGUCAAAGAAAAAAAAGAAUUGGAAGCAAUGAUACACGUAGCAAGUAGUAGACAGAACGAGAAAUUUGAUCAACGAAAUGUCGAAAAGCUUGUCGAGCUCUUAGAACGAGAAGCGCAAGCUCAGCAGGAACUCAAGAAGGAGAAAGAAGCAAUUGCGGGUUUGGAUGAAAAAGUAGCUGCCAUGAGAGAAAAGAUCAACCAACAGAGCAAGAAGAUGGGAGGAAGUAAAGAUGUGUACCAAGAGAAACAUGUCGCCAAUAUGAAGCUUACUCGAAUAUUGGAGAACAGGUUGGAUGAGAUGACCAAGAAAUUUAGCAUUGCUUUGACCGGCAAUUUGAAGCUCAGAGAACAUAUCAACCACGUCGAAGGACAGAAAGCAAGGUUCCUUGAUCUGCACAAGCGUCUUCAGGCUGAACUGGUCGAAGGAAAAAAGGAAAUAGAUCGUAUUUCAGAAGUGGCAACGACUCAUUUCACCAUAAGAGACGAAGCACAACACAGGAUGGCUUCACUACGCGAGCGCGCUGACCGGGAAAUGGCGGUUUAUAACGCGGAAAUCAAAGACGUCAAGCGCAUUCUUGAGCACGAUCGGAAACUUCGGGCGUUCAUGACUACAAAAGCCGAAGACCGUGCGUCCAUUCUAGAGGACGAAUUGAUGGUUCGUGCAAUAAAGAAAUAUGAAGCUCAGCUAAAUGGGUUGCAACAAGAAACCAGCAAGUUUGAGGAGAUCUUUGACAAGAUCAAGGAAGCUACUGGUAUAGAAGACACAGACACUCUUGUGGAGUCUUUUAUUGAGAACGAAGAUCGCAACUUCGCGCUGUACAAUUACGUAAACAACAUGAACACUGAAAUUGAGAACCUGAAAGAUGAUAUAAGACGCUUGAAGGACGAGAUCGAACUCAUCAAGAAAGAGGGUGUCGACAGUGAUGUGCACAGGAAGGAAAUUUUAAAUGAACUUGAGCAGAAGAUGGUCGAAGUCACUGAUGAGUUGACACUGGUGAAUAAGGAGUAUAAAGCAAGCAGAAGACAGCUCGAGCUCUUGAAGCCGAAGGUCGAAAGUGUUUUCAACUCAAUAGAGUGCGAUCGCUCCUCAAUCGCGGAGUUGCUUGGAAUUGGUGUGUCAAUAGAUGACAAUAACAUCAUGCAAUACCUUGGAAUUAUCGAGCAGAAAUGCAACGAACUCUUGCAAAACAAAGCUCUAGAGAAGAUCAAGAAGUUGAACGAGUCUGGCGGAGACAUAUCCGUUGACGGUUUACAAGGAGUGGGUCCUCAGCCAGCACAUGGGAAUUUUUUAAUUGUACCUCCCCCGAUUGAAGAUGACAGUGAUCAGGCAUGGCAUUGUAACGAUACAAAACCGCUGACAGUAGAAGAAGUGCAAGCUCUAAUACAGCAAGGAAAUGUGAAGGGUGGCCUCUCAAAGGUCACAGGGUCCACAAAGCAACCCGCAAAAAGGAAGCGCGCUUAG